CCUGUCCCUCACCAUCUCCUGGAGUUUGCCCAAGUUCAUGUCUGUUGAAUCAGUGAUGCCAUACAACCAUUUCAUCCUAAUUGUCUAAUAUUAAACAAUCUUUAUUAUACAACUUUGAAGGUAGUGCAUUUCUGGAUGUCAGUUCUAGCUGCAUUUAUUGUUACAGUGAAAUUGAAGGAGUUUUAACCAUUAAAGUAAAUUUUAUACCUGAGUAGCUUUUAUAAGACAGUAGAAUUCUCUCAUGUCUUUGGAGCACCACAUACUUCCUACUAUGGCACGGAGAAGUAUGAGCUCAUUAGUAUGAGCUAUACUGCAAGCCAUUUUACUUUCAGAUAUGUUUUCUUUUAUUAAACCAAUCCAAUAAGCCCUCCAGUACGAUUUUCAGAAGAGAGUGUAGCAUGGUAAAAGAGUCUAGGUUCAGGAAUUAACCCUGGUUAGUCACUCAGCCUCAUCAUUUAUUCUGCACAACCUUAGGCAAGGGCCUUAAUCUCUUUCAGCCUCAAUUGCCUUAGUUGUAGAACACUGACAAUACUUACAUGUCAAUCCUGAAAUAUGAUGAGGAUUUUGUAUUUUAUUUACAUAUUAUUUUAUAUCCAUAGCAUCAUUAAUAUUAUGCUAUAUGAUCUAAUAAACAGAUAUGACAUUAAUAAUAUAUUUUGUGAGUACCCACAAUGUACCAGGUAUGGUGUUAACACUUAAUAUCAUAGGACACCUGGCACAGAGCAGGCACUCAACUGGUAGCAAUUAAGUCAUAUCCUUGUUCUAAAUAAAUGUUUCAUGUUUCAUACAAUGUUUCAUGCCCUAUGCAUCCAAAAUUACUGGCAAGCUUAUAUAAAAUAUACCUUCUCUAAUUUAGACCAAAUCCUCCUUAAAGGAACCCUACUAUCUAUAGAGUUUACACGCAUUUUCUUAUCCUGAGCUAAGUCAAGCUAACUAUUCUCUUAUUCAGCAUUAAUAUACUGCACAUACCAAACGCCUUAUGACAUCUGACAAAGGAAAAAACUGUUGCCAUGUGUUAGGUACUGUGCUAAGAGCACCAUGUAUAUUAUCUUUAAUCCUCACACUUACUCCGCAAGGUGUAAGGAUUUUUUUUUUUUACAGUUGACAAAAUGAAGUCUGAGAAGUGAUUAUCAAGGACACACAGAACACGGUACAAGCACGUGAAGGUAGUUGGAGUCCCCUAGGAAUGGAUAAAUUCGUCAUUCGAACACCCAGAAUCCAGAAUAGUCCUCAGAAGAAAGAUCCUGGAGGAAAGAUUUACAAGCAGGCCACCAUUGAAUCUCUGAAGAGAGUUGUGGUUAUAGAAGACAUAAAAAGAUGGAAAACUAUGUUGGAGCUUCCUGAUCAAAGCAAAGAGAAUAUAGUUGAAGUCUUACGAGAAUUAAAGAAGAAAAUACCUUCCAGAGAAGUGUUAAAGUCAACAAAGAUAGAUCAUGCUGUGAACAAGAUGCGUCAACACUCAGAUUCAGAAGUGGCUUGUCUUGCCAGAGAAGUUUACACUGAGUGGAGAACUUUCAUAGAAAAACAUGUCAAUAGACCUUCCAUAGAAGUCCGAAGUGAUGCCAAAACUGAAUCAUUUAGAAAAAAUGCCCAGAAAUUACUCUCAGAAGCCUUGGAAUUAGAGAUGGAUCACCUACUGGUUGAAAAUAUUGAACGGGAAACGUUUCAUCUCUGCUCCCGCCUCAUUAAUGGGCCAUACCGGCGGACGGUGAGAGCCCUGGUCUUCACAUUAAAGCAUCGAGCUGAAAUCCGGGAGCAGGUGAAGAACGGCAUGCUGCCAGUCGGCACGUUUGUACAGACCCACAAAAAGUGACCUGAGGGUGGUUCCAACACUGGGCUGGGCAGAAAGGAAAAUGGGCCUCUCUCUGCCAUUCAAAGAUUCUUUUGAGUUUGGGCGAUGGUUGAUGCUGGCUGUGCUAAAUUUUCCCAUGGUGCCAUUCCUUCAGACAGAGGAUGCAGAGCCCUGGAGACAGGCCUGCAGGAAAUGCUUCAUUAGCUGGAGUGCGCUGGGGCUGCCUAACAGGACGAGCGCUCGCUGUCACUGGGAAGCGCAGUACGGUUGCCGUCACCCAACACAGUGAAAGGGUGACGGAUUUCACUGUGAGCAUGCCAAGGACACCUCUAAACUUCCCCCGCGUCAGGCAGGUGAAGUUACUGCUUUAUUUCACCACCCUGCAGGUAACUGAGACUCAAUUACCGCGGCUGCUCACUCGGUUCCGUCCCCCCGAGUUUAGAUAGCUCCAGCGCCUCUCAGAACUCCCCGUCUGUUCUCUUUGCUCUGCCCCGGGGGUGAGCCUGCCGGAGCCGCCCGCUACCCCUUCUUUCCAGGACCGACUUAUCUGAACAUUUCAGCUCUCCCUGGAAGACCUUCCGCGCAUUGGUCUCCAGAGCCCCCCUGCUGGGGUUUCUAAUGAGGAGCUGGCCUGAAGCAUGCCCACUCCUUGGAGUUUAUUUGAAUAUGCUGGCUGCCUCGGUUUAGGGCUCUGUAGAAGAUACAUAAUGAAAUUGCUCUUGAAAUGAAUUACUGUAAGAGGAAAAAUUAUAUACAUAUGUUUUUUAAAACAAAGUACUUGUAUAUAGGCUUGCUUAAACAAUUAUGGAAAUGAUACUUGCUUUUUUAAAAAAAUAAUAAACUGGGACUUUUUUCCCCUAAAACCAAA